CGCUGCCGCCGCCGGCGCCGGUGGUAAGAAGACCCGUAGCCUGCUCGACCUCAACCACACCUCGGCGGCGGCGCCGCGGCCGCGGCCCGAGCACGCCCUCCACGUACCCCAGUCGCCCGUCGGCGCUACGCACAGGAGCCCCCGCGACGACGUCGCAUCCGCCGCAACGUCCGCCAUCCACCAGCGGCCCCACAAGUCCAUGGAGUUCCUCCUCGACAAGGAGAACCUGCAUUUCGUCAAGCCGCCGGAGAAUGAGCUGCAGAAAGUGGGCGAGCGCGUGCCGAGUGAGCACGAGCUUAGGGUGCAGCGAUCGUUGCAACGACUCAAUGUGCCCGACUGGUACAAGAAUUCACCCGCUGCCCGCGAUGGCUUUCGGUUGAAGAGGCACUCCGACGCGUCGCAGCAUGGAGGGUGGCGCGCUCUCGGCUCCAAAACCACCUCCCUGUCGUCUCUCUCGUCGUCUUCCAAUCGACAACCGACCACAGGUGUCCUUCUGAGUCCCAGUCCUACACCCCCCGUAUUCUCGAGAUGGAGUACCAGUUUGCUGAACAGCGCCGGCAGUUCACCCGCGAGUUCGGCCAGGUCGUCCUUCAAUCACCGGCAGCCCUAUUUGGGCUGGCGUUCUCAGGAGCGAUUGACCAACCCGCGGACGCCAGCGGAACGUCUUGCUCAGGGUAUUCUUCCUCAACUGCAGGCUGCAAACAAGCAACAGCAGCAGCAACAGACAACGAAUCAGCAGCUGGAAGUACGGAACUCGAUAAAGGAGGUGACCUCGGCCAUCGUGCAUUACGUGAAGAGCGGCCAGGAGGUCGGCGGAGGCAGUGGCCGACUCUCGCCUCGACCUCGACCUGAAGAUUGGGAUGACAGGGGCGGAGCGAGGUCUACCAGCCCCAGAGGGAGCGUGAGGCUGUGCUGGAUGGAGAGCUCGUUCGUCGGCACACGGCCCGUGGACUCGCCGGAGACGCCUAUGAGCCUGGCGACCGACCAGGAGGGCGGCGAAUGCUGCAACGCGGCCGGCACCGAGUCCUGCAGCUGCCAGGACUCGGCCGCAUCCGGUCUUUACCUGGACCUGACACCCAGCCGAGAUGACGUGCGCCAUCAGCAUCUUCAAGCAUCCUCGGCCGGCCCGUCGCCCACGUCCUUCUCUAACUAUCAUCAUCAUCAGCGUCACCAACAUCGCCAGCAACAACAGCAACAUCAUCACCGCGAGUCAGCUAAGAGCGUGAUGGACGUUCAUCAGGCAACCGUCGAAGAUCAGCGCAACUUCUACUCCGGUGAGCUGGUGAGACGGAAGAGCGAGGGCAGUGACACGCUGCCCUCGCGAGCUGCGGUUGUCGCCGCCGCAGUUGCGUCGUCCUCGUCGUUGAUGCCGCGCGGUGGCGUCCAGCCCCGUCACCGUAGGGUGUCUUUCGACAAUGCCCAAGACUCCACUACUAACGGCAGCUCGGCUGCCAUGGACAAGGUAGUGCGGUGCCGUAACAACAAGUGCGGUAACUCGACCACCCUGGCAGAAGCGAGGAGGACCUAUAAGAGCUGCCACAACUGCACCUGCCUAUACUGUUCGCGCGAAUGUCGAAGAGCUCACUGGCAACGUCAUCGUAGGACCUGCCUUCAUUCGCGAGCCGGCAGUCUCUGCCGCCAGGUAUUGUCCUCGGCGAAAGAAGACCCGGCCACCCUGAAGCACAUCUCCGCCCUUGCUAGACGAGGCUAUGCCGGUCACGGUCGCGGCGCGGUCAAGUGCUUCUUCUCGAGCCCCGAAGCGGCCGAGCGUUUCGUCGGCAACGGCUUCGCCGACCUUGGCGAGCCCACCUACGUGCGUUGGUCGGACUUACUCCCGGGCGAGAUGGGCGCCGAGCUAUACGCCGAAUUGAUGCGCCUCUGUAAGACAUAUAAUCCGGAAACGCGGCUAGUGCUGUACGUGGCGGUGUGCGUGGUUAGCGAAGUGCCGACUAGCGGCGCGGUCAGGUGGGAACGGCAACUAGUAUCCAGGUGUGCGAAGAUCAGACUCGACGGGGCGGCUAAGCAGCAUGCUUCCUCCUCCUCGGCGUCUCCACAGGCCAGAAGGAGACUGUCGCAACAAGCACCUGCGUCUCCCUGCAACAUCACUAGAGAGAUGGACUCGCCUGAGACCUUAGUCUUGACGUCAUUACCCGGUAACAACGGUCAGAACACGCCACGAAAAGCGCGAGAGAUCAGCUUCACUAAUAUUCAACGGCAACUCAGGCUCAGGGGAGUCUCCUUGAGAAGACACUUUCCCCAGGUGUAUCGGAAACUUUGUUCUUACGUGGACGGUUCGGUGGAUAAGUUUGCGCCGGUGACCAUCUAUCCCAGAGAUCAGGCAUCCGGUAAGAGCUUCAUGUGUAUCAUCAUGCUGGAUGCGGAGCCUGAACGUCUUCAACUAUUGCCCACGGACUCGUCCAGGGUAAGGACAGUGGACAUCAGCGUGGAGCAAGAGUGAUAACCAUGUCUGAGUAGAACGAGAUUCAAGAAUCAAGAUAAAUCAAGACACAUCGCUCAGGAUAUUCCUCAGAUUCACGGGGAGACUGUCAGAAACGUCGUCGUGGACGGAUUUCUUCAGGAUGAAGAAGACUGACGUCGGCCGAUGGCAGAGCAAAAGCGAAGAUUACAUUUGGGUGAAGAAAUGAUCAAGAGAAUCACAGAAGAUCGCAAGAGACUUGCUCAGAAAUUUUCUCAAGUUUUAGAAAAAAACGAUCGAAGAUGGCUAUUGACGGAUGCCUUCAGAUUAAAGACUAUUUCAUUAGCUAGUGGAGUAAACUCCGAUAAUGUAAAAGUUUAAAAGGUAUCCUAAUUUCAUCGGAUAUCUUUUGAAUGUUUAUAUUAUCUGUGUGGCAAAAUGUCUAGGUAGAAGAAUAUCUAGAUGAAAAUGUCGACGGAAGUCCAAGAUGCGAAGCUCAAUAUUUGAGCUCACAGACUUGUAUGAUUUCACACACAGGAUAUGCACGUGUACAAGACUUUUUCUAUCUUUCCUUCUAGAGAAAAAAGAAAUCGAAAAACACGCGAAAAACGAAAAGCAUUGCUCUGUUCUCAUAUUCAUCCUCUUUCUCGAUACCUUAUCGCGAUCGUAUGAAGGCAAUCCUCCGUCAUUUCAGACAUCCUCGAUUUGGUCGUUGUUAUAUAAGAGGUUUAUUAUAAUCAUUCGCCAGAAAAUAAGUCUUAUUGAAGAAUUAUUAUCGAUCCUUUCAAUCCAAAAUAUAUACGAUUAAUAACUUCUAAAGAAUAUUUGAGGAAAAUUAAAUAAAUAUUUUCACGCGUUUAUUAGUAUAUCACAACGAUUUGAUAAAUCAAGUAGAAUAAUCUUUAUAUAUGUAUAGUAGAUAGUCAUGUUUCUUUAACGAUUCUUUUGAAGGGAUUGAAAGGAUCAGUAACGAUUUCAAGAUUCUCGGCGGAUGGAACGGAAAGUAAGAUUUAGAGUACGUUGUUGUCUCUUCGUUCAACUUUGCAUUGUUUAAAUAUUUUAUCGUAUAUAUUAUAUGUAAAGAGGCGAGAAACAUUUUUCUCAGCGGAUACAUUCACGGAAGUUUCGCUUAAGAGUCUCACGUUAUCGGAGACGGAAUUACAAUCGUGCAAUAUCGAGCCUCGAGAAAGGGAAUAUAUUUCAAGAGUUAUAUUGUGUAUAUUUUAAUUUGUUCAUGCAAAUGUUAUUACAGUUCUUAUUACAAUUACAACUAACGGAAUGCCUGCCUUACUUAUCGGCAUGUAAACAUAAUUCCCAUCGUUAUUAAUCGGAUUAAUUUAAUAAUACGAAUGUAAUCGCGAGAUUCUUUUGACAUCCUUCUUCCAACGUAUGGAAAAAAAGAAGACGAACGUAUCUCGGAGAUGCGAUAUCAAAGAUUUUACCGCAAGUAUCGUCCACGUCUAUGACAUCGUGCCAAAUGAGAAAAGCGUGAUGAAAGUCGCGAAAAGCAAACUUUCGGAACGUUUCCGUAGAACAUCGUCACUUUUUCGAUAUUAACUUCUAAUCUCGAGAGAACGCGCCACGCGUACAAUUUCGGUUAAAAACGGCGAAAAGUUUUCCCGCGGAUCAACGAAUCGCCAAUUUUAUUAAUAGUAAAAGUAGCUUUAGGUCGAGUUGCAUCACGAGAAACGAAUUACAAAAGGCUGAUUUUCCAGCGGAAAAAGAAGAAGAGUGAUCGAUAAUGGUGCCAAUGAUAAUGAGAGAUUUACAUCAUUACUUCGUAUAGCAAUAUAAAAACGUACCGAAAGAAAAAAGAAAUCCGAAAUUACGCGAGUGUCGCGGCGUCAUCGAGCGGCGAUUAAUCAAGCAAUCCACGAUGCUUCGGUGAUUAUAAUUUUAAUAAAUAAUUAAUGGGGGGAGAAAUCGCUAACGAAGGAACGAAGGGCGGAAGCGCGAUUUCCUACGCUAGUUGGUAGAAGUCGAUACCCGUUUUUAUCGAUGACAAUGCAAUUUUUAUCGACGACAAAAUACGAUGGAAAGUAAAUGGAACCAAAAGAGGAUGCAUCGCAGUGCCAAUAAUAAAAUACCAUCGAUAUUUCUAUAAUCGACGAGGAAUACUCUAUUCGUUGUCAAGAAAUUAUAAAAGACAACUACAUUCCGCAUACACCGAUCAUGAAGAUCCUUAUGAUUAUUGAUUUCGAUUAACCGGAUUCUUUUGUAUGCUUUAGCGAGAACAUCGGAGUUAUUAUCAACGUUCCAUUGAUCGUUAACAUCCGUUACAUUCAAGCUUGCGACCAAUGUUGAUCCCUCAUUUUACGUUUGUAUAUAGCGCUAUUAAAGGGAUAUAUACAUAUAGGAAGAAUAAAUUAGGGGUAAGAGAGCGACUUCGCUAGCGAGAGGAGAUUAAAGAAAUCGAUCAAAAUUCGAAAGUAGGCGGCUUACUGGAGAUCAGUCCGUUACAUUCUCGAUAGUUCCUUUUCCUAUCUCUAUUAUGCGAACGAUUUCUGCGAUUUCAUUAUACAGGCUGUAUAAUAAAGUGUACUGAUUUCGACGCUUUGCGAUACAUCUUGUAUAAAUAUAUUUAUAUAUCCAUUCCGCUCUAGAAAUAUAUAAGGAUCAGCGAGGAUACAUCGGUCGGAAAAAAUACUUGAUUUUGUUUAUUAAAGAUACAGCGUGUUUGUGAGGGAUUUGUAUUAGAAAAAAAUUUUUUUUUGUAAAGAAAGGUUUUUAUAUUAGAAAAUUUAUUGAAAAAAAGAUUAAAAUUUUAUAUUAUUUAUUACGUCAUUUUUUACUAAUUCGUAAAUUCGAAGAAAAAUCAAGAAUGUUUGUUGAGUACUUAAUUAUCAUUAAUUCGUCAAAUAUUGGAGUCUCACCGGAAAUGUCUGCUGCAGAAAUUGAAUAAUUAUGAAUGAUACGUAGAAACUCUUUAGACACUCUGUAUCGUUUCGACCGAUUCGCGAGAAAGCUGUUGCUCGACGUUAUAAACUAAUCAAGACGAGAGAACUAAUCUAUAAAAAAGAAAGAAAAAUAAAUUAAACGAUUCAAUUGAUCAAACGAGCAAUCAGCCCACGCAUAGUCACUCUAAAGUCUAAAGAUAUCGUUUCAGCGUCUAUUUAUCGGUGCUACCAGAAUGUGCUAUCAUUGUUUUCGCAUCUGUGUAUGUCUCGAUUUUUCAAAUAAAAUGUUAAUUUUAUUACAUAAA